UUAUCCCUCUGGUAUUUUUUCAGAAAAAGUUUGAGGGUACAAGAGUAUCUGUGGAAACAUUCCUUGCAUGGAAAGCCAAAUUUGAUGCUGAAAUGGCAGCUUUACGUUGUGAUGACAAAGAUGAUGAAAAAAGUAAAAAGCUAACUGGCCGAGAGCUUUUCAUGAGAGAUAAGACAUUAAAUGAAUCCGACUUGAGUUUCUUGGGUGAAGGAGAAUCAGAGGUAACUGUAGAUGAAAGCUUAUUCCAAGAUUUAGAUGACUUGGAUUUAGAAGAUGAUGACGAUGCUGAUGAAGAUUAUGUACCAGGAAUGGAAGAGGAACUUUCAGACUAGUUAUAAACAUCAUUUAUUUUUAUCAUUAUCUGAUUUAUUCUUGAUGCCCAUAUUUUUUGUUAAUGACAGAAAUAGUGACUUACUCUUGAUGCCCAUAUUUUUGUUAAUGACAGAAAUAGU